ACAUCUUCCCAGCGUUGCAAAGUUUAUGGUUGGAUCCGGGUUAGGCCACGCCCCCUAGCUGCUAUCUGCUUGACUCCUCGGUCCCACCUGGACUUUCAGAGGACGCAAGAUGAGUCUGCCGGACUACAAAUCAACUGGUAGACAACCUUCAUCUGUGCUUUCGCACUCUUCUGUGGUUCAGCUAAAUGUCGGGGGUCACCUGUUCAGCACCACACUGAGCACGCUCAGAAGACACCCGGAGUCCAAGGUGGCGGAGCUGUUCGGCUCCCAGCCCAAAGUCAGCACCGACGCUCAGGGACGCUUCUUCAUCGACCGCGACGGUUCCCACUUCGGAGCCGUUCUGGAGUUCCUGAGGUCGGAGAAGCUGCCGACGGAAAACAUCCGGGAGGUGUAUACAGAAGCGGUCCACUAUAACAUCAAGCCACUGAUCAAACGUCUGGAGGAGACGCCUGAGCUGUUUGGGGAGCUGGUGGGGAGACAGCAGUUCCUCUCCAGGGUCCCGCACUACAAAGAAAACAUCGAGGUUCUGAUCCGUAUUGCCAGAGCGGAAGCCGUGGCCGCGCGCCGCUCCACCAUCCUCAUCUGCGUCAUGCGGACUGAGGACGAUCUGGGUUUCUAUGACAACGCCGUAAACAGCCUGGAGGCCGGCAAGGAGUCUGCGGUGACGUUCGGGCCGUGGAAGGCCGAUCCGUCCGUCAGAGACCUGCUGGACUGCGUGAAGAUGGACAUCGAGAGUCGCGGCUACAACGUUAGCAUCGAGGCACACGUGCCCGAGCGCAGCUUCCUGUCCAAGAGCUACGACUUCUUCUACAAACUCACCUUCACCUGGUGGUGACGGGGCGCAUGGGAGCUGUCUGUGGGUUCAGACUAAACGACUGGACUUUAUUAAUUAAUUAUAAUGAGCUGCACCUUCUGGUUUUCUUACGGAAUAAUGUUCAAUCGAAAUAAAAUACACCGAUUUUUACUUUUUAAA